AUGUACAUGCCACAGACGGUAUCACCACUGCAGUACAAACGGUAUGGGGAAUUGUUAAACCAUCCUGCCAAGACCGAGGCAGAGCACAAACUCCAAGUUGCCUUGCUGGAGUCAGAGCAACAUGAGGAGGAAUCUAAGCAUCAAACAAUUGGCUUACAGGCAGCAUCACUUGCGGCACGGGAAGACAAAGCAGGGAGGAAAAAGGGUACAAGGCUUGUUGGUGAUGGCUUACCUCGUAUGCUAACUGGUGAUGUGUUCGUGGCACAGGUUAUCACACACAAGAAUGCCAUGGAGGCAGAAGCCAGAGAAAAAGAAAUGAGGGCCAAGAGAAGAGCAGAACAUUCUGAAGAGCUUGCACAUUGGAAAAUGGAGGAGAUAGAGUGGAAAGAACAAAACUGGGCAACAAGAGCCAUUUUCGAGGCACAGAAGGUUGAGUGGGAAGCAGAACGAGAAUUGGCAAAGUUGGAGAAACGGAGGUCACAGUGGAACAAACCAAAGAUGGGGGCAAUUGAGAAACCCGUGUCAAGGCCAGAGCGAGCUCAGCCUGAAGUUCAUGAGAGCGAGCAAGAAGAUGAUGGGGAAGAAGAGGAUUAA